AGCACAGGUAUAUGUUUUGUUUCAAAGUAUUUGCAUUAUUUGUAUUGUCUGUUGUUUAUUCUGUAGGACACUGCGGUCGCUCUUAAAGCUCUGGCUCAAUACACCCAUCACUUCAGUUCAAAGGCUUCAGGCUUGGUCACAGUGUUAUCUUCUACUGAGCACCUGGCAUUUCAUGUGAAUUCAGAGAACAAACAAGUCUACCAAGAACGGAUGCUGCAGGACCUGAAAGGAAAGUACUGGAUAAAGGCAGAGGGCUAUGCAUGUACUUCAGUGCAGGUUUCUCUUCACUACAACAUUCCAGCUCUUACUGUUGUUGAAAGUCCUUUCAGAGUGGAAGUGGAGGUAGUGUUCUAUAACCAUUGUCACAAACAACUCAUCAUGCUGAAGCUGAAGUCUCUAUACCAAGGAGACAGUAGCUGUACAAACAUGGUGAUCCUUGAUAUUGCAUUGCCUUCUGGAUUUUGUCCUGUUCCAGAGUCUUUGUGGAAUCUCAGAAGUGGUGUGCUGGUGAAAAACGUUGAAUAUAAGGAUGGUCAUGUUAUUUUAUACUUAUGGGAGUUGCAUAAAGACAUAUCUGUGUACCACGAGUUACAACUGGCUCUUGAGGAUGUGGUACUGCAACUGAAGCCAUCCACAGUCAUCAUCUAUGAUUACUACAAUCCAAUCGUCUUGGCCACCACCGCCACCACAACUACAACAAACACCACCAUGAACACCAACAUGACAAGUAUGAUCACAAAGACCAGUAUGAUCUCCAACAUGACCAUGAUUACAAAGACCAGCAUGAUCACCAACACCACCAUGAACACCAACAUGACAAGUAUGAUCACCAACAUGACCAUGAUUACAAAGACCAGCAUGAUCACCAACACCACCAUGAACACCUACAUGAAAAGUAUGAUCACCAACAUGACCAUGAUCACAAAGACCAGCAUGAUCACCAACACCACCAUGAACACCAACAUGACAAGUAUGAUCACCACCAUGACCAUGAUUACAAAGACCAGCAUGAUCACCAACACCACCAUGACCAGCAACAUGACAAGUAUGAUCACCAACAUGACCAUGAUUUCAAAGACCAGCAUGAUCACAAACACCGCCAUGACCAACAACAUAAGUUUGAUCACAAAGACCAGUAUGAUCACAUCAAUGACCAUGAUUACAAAGACCAGCAUGAUCACCAACACCACCAUGAACACCAACAUGACAAGUAUGAUCACCAACAGCACCAUGACCAACAACACAACAUGA